CCAUGUUCUUUCUCCUUGCACUGCUCACUGAGCUUGGAGAGCUGUCUUCCCACCUUCGUGCUGAAGAAAUAUUACUGCAUGUCACAGUUCCACAGAAAUUAUGGUCGAAUAAGAGUGAAGAUUCAGGGAAACAAGUGACUUACAUGAUUACAGUUGAUGAAAAACCAUAUACUCUGCAUCUUAAAAAGCACACAUUUCUACCUCAGAACUUUUUGGUUUAUAUUUAUGAUGAAACUGGAUAUUUACAUGUUGAGCCUUUAUCUUUUAAGAUAUUUUGCCAUUACCAAGGAUACAUUGCUAAUUUUCCGAAUUCAGCUGCAACACUUGACAUCUGCACUGGACUUAGGGGAUUUCUUCAGUUUGGAAAUGUCAGCUAUGGAAUUGAGCCACUGGAGUCUUCAACAAAGUUUGAGCACAUAAUUUAUCAAGUGAAUAAUGUUAAUGCAGACAUACCAAUGCAAGUCUCAAAUUAUAGUAGCAUUUGGCAAGAGGAUCAUCCCUCUAAAGUUAUUUUAAGUUCACAGAAGAAAUCUAUUUCGAAAUUAUUACCGCAGGAACUAAGAAUACACAUCAUAGUGGAGAAAGCUUUUUAUGAUCAUAUGGGAUCGGAAAAAAUGGCCGUUACACAGAAAAUUAUUCAGAUUAUUGCUCUUGUAAACUCUCUUUUUGCUCAGUUCAAAUUGACUGUGGUACUAUCAUCCUUGGAAUUGUGGUCAAAUAAUAACCAAAUUUCUACCAACGGGGAUGCUGAUAAUUUAUUACAGCGAUUCGUGGCAUGGAAAAACAGCUAUCUUAUCCUACAACCCUAUGACAUAGCACUCUUGCUUACUUACAGGAAACAGCCUAAAUAUGUUGGAGCAACAUUUCCAGGAACAAUAUGCAACAAAACCUAUGGUGCAGAUGUUGCUGUGUAUUCAGAUGCAGUAACGUUGGAGGGAUUUUCAGUUACUAUAGCUCAAAUACUCAGCCUCAAAAUAGGAUUAAAAUAUGACAGCAGUAAAUGCAUUUGUCCAGGAGCUACAUGUAUAAUGAAUCAUAAAGCAAUGUAUUUCAGUGGUAUGAAGAUUUUUAGCAAUUGUAGCAUGGAUGACUAUAGAUAUUUUGCUUCAAAACUUGCGGAUGGAUGUCUGUGGAACUCUCCAAAUAUCCAGUCACGAGACCAAAAUCAACCUGUGUGUGGAAAUGGAAUUUUGGAGCCUGGUGAAGAAUGUGACUGUGGCAGUGAAGAAGAGUGUACAUUUAAAAUGUGCUGUGAUUAUAGUACAUGUAGACUGAAAGGCUCAGUAGAAUGUGGUUCUGGACCAUGCUGUACAUCCACCUGUGAGUUAUCAAAAGCAGGUACUCCAUGUAGAAAGAGUGUUGAUGAAGAAUGUGAUUUUACAGAGUAUUGCAAUGGGACUUCUAGUAGCUGUGUUCCAGACACUUAUGUAUUGAAUGGCAAAUUGUGUGGUUUGGGAACUGCAUAUUGUUAUAAUGGACAAUGCCAGACUACUGAUAGCCAGUGUACCAAGGUAUUUGGAAAAGGUGCUCAAGGUGCUCCAUUUGCCUGUUUUGAAGAAAUUAAUUCUCCACUUGGUAGACUUGGAAACUGUGGAUUCAAAGGUUCACAGCCUUUACCUUGUGGACAAAAGGAUGUUCUCUGUGGAAAAUUAGCUUGCAUUUGGCCACAUACAAGUAUUUAUAAAAGUGAUGUUGAAGCCGCAGUUUACUCAUAUAUCAAAGGUCAUGUUUGUAUGUCCAUAACUACUGAAUCAUCCGUAAUGGUAGAUGGAAGAGACUAUACCUAUGUAGCUGAUGGAACUGUGUGUGGGCCACAAAUGUAUUGUGUAAAUAAGACUUGCAAAAAAGCUCAACUGGUGGAAUAUAGCUGUAAUGCCAAUAAAAAAUGCAAAGGGAAUGGGAUAUGUAAUAAUUUAGGUAACUGCCACUGUUUUCCUGACUAUAGACCUCCAAAUUGUGAAUUCCAGAUUGGCUCACCAGGGGGCAGCAUUGAUGAUGGAAAUGUUCAGAAAGCUGAUACAGUUUUUACUAGAAGUUACAAAACACAUCAGAAUAACUGGCUUAUACUGAGUUUCUAUAUUGCUCUGCCAUUUUUAAUAAUUUUCACCAUUAUGCUCAUAAAGCGAAAUGAAAUGAGAAAAUCCUGCAACAGAGAGAAUGCAGAAUAUGAAGGUAAUUCAGUCAUUGUACCAGAAAGCUAUGAUGUGUACAAGUAAUAUAUCAAGAACAUCAUCAACCAGUGGCUGGUUGCCAGAAGAGAACAUGCUCUGUAUC